AUGCGUGAAAUCGUACAUAUGCAAGCUGGUCAAUGUGGUAACCAAAUCGGUGCCAAAUUCUGGGAAGUUAUCUCUGAUGAACAUGGUAUUGAUCCAACUGGUACAUACCAUGGUGAUUCAGAUCUUCAACUUGAACGUAUCAACGUUUAUUACAAUGAAGCUGCUGGUGGUAAAUAUGUACCACGCGCUGUUCUCGUUGAUUUGGAACCAGGUACCAUGGAUUCAGUACGUUCAGGUCCAUUCGGUCAACUUUUCCGACCAGAUAACUUCGUCUUUGGUCAAUCAGGAGCUGGUAACAACUGGGCUAAAGGACAUUAUACAGAAGGUGCCGAACUUGUCGACUCUGUUUUGGACGUUGUCCGUAAAGAGGCUGAAUCCUGCGAUUGCCUCCAAGGCUUUCAAUUAACACACUCAUUAGGUGGUGGUACUGGAUCAGGUAUGGGUACCUUACUUAUCUCAAAAAUUCGUGAGGAAUACCCAGAUCGUAUCAUGAACACCUUCAGUGUUGUACCAUCACCAAAAGUCUCGGAUACAGUCGUUGAACCAUACAAUGCCACAUUAUCUGUCCAUCAAUUGGUUGAAAAUACUGAUGAAACAUAUUGUAUCGAUAAUGAAGCUUUAUACGAUAUUUGUUUCCGUACAUUGAAACUUACAACACCAACAUACGGUGAUCUUAACCACCUUGUCUCGGCUACAAUGUCAGGUGUUACAACCUGUCUUCGAUUUCCUGGUCAGCUCAAUGCUGAUUUACGUAAAUUAGCUGUCAACAUGGUACCAUUCCCACGUCUUCACUUCUUCAUGCCUGGUUUUGCUCCACUUACAUCACGUGGUUCACAACAAUACCGUGCUUUAACUGUACCAGAACUUACCCAACAAAUGUUCGAUGCCAAAAACAUGAUGGCUGCUUGCGAUCCUCGACAUGGUCGAUACCUUACAGUUGCUGCUAUCUUCCGUGGUCGUAUGUCAAUGAAAGAAGUUGAUGAACAAAUGCUCAACGUACAAAACAAGAACUCAUCAUACUUCGUUGAAUGGAUCCCCAACAACGUUAAAACAGCCGUUUGUGAUAUUCCACCACGUGGUCUUAAAAUGUCGGCUACAUUUAUUGGUAACAGCACUGCCAUUCAAGAAUUAUUCAAACGUGUCUCGGAACAAUUCACAGCUAUGUUCCGUCGUAAAGCUUUCUUACAUUGGUAUACUGGUGAAGGCAUGGACGAAAUGGAAUUCACUGAAGCUGAAUCCAACAUGAACGAUCUUGUAUCUGAAUAUCAACAAUACCAAGAUGCCACGGCUGAAGAAGAAGGUGAAGGUGGUGAAGAAGAAGGUGAACAAGAAGGUGCCUAA